AUGUUUGGAACCAAAGUUAUUGAAACAUUUAAGGAAGAGCAUACCGGAGAUGUUUUAGACAUGAUGAGAGACUUUGAAGUAAAGAAGAGGGCAAUAUCUGAGGAGAAAGAGGGCAACAUAGUACUCAGGAUACCAGCAGCUUUUGCAGAAACAUACAAGAGCUUAAACAGUAAUCCUAUUUCGAAGCACAUCUUUAAGGGACGCUUUACUGAAACAACCAAACUAAAGCGUGAUAAACUCAACAUAAAUGUUGGUGUAUCUAAACAGUUUAUCGCACGUUCAGUAUCAAACAACAUUGAACAUGCCAAAAGAAUCUUAGCCGAGAAUGAAUGCAGCAACAUCAGUACAAUAUUGCUUGUAGGAGGCUUCGCAGAAUCUGAGAUCGUACAAGAAAGAAUUCGUGAAGCGUUUCCUAAUAAGAGAGUGAUCAUUCCUAGCGAGUCCGGAUGUCCUCAAAGGAGCAGUUCUUCUUGGUCAUGA